AAGAGUCAGCGGGUUGCGGAAAAAAAUAUACCAACGGAAACAAGAGACCGACCUCCAAAAAGUGGCCCGUGUCUGAGACCAGUGCAUGAGAUAACUCAACCCAAGUAAUAUAUACACUCCAUACAUUACUGGGUCUGACUUGACGACUAUUACAGCGCUGUUCUCGAUCAUUGUUAAUUUUUUUUCUCGUCACUCUCGCCUGUAAAUUCGAGUCACUCAACCUGCCAACCCGCCACCAUGGACCCCUCCAAUGCGCCCCCCGCCGCGGCCUCCGCCGCCGUCCUCGUCCAGUCCGAGGAGAUGCCCAAGGAUGCCCAGAAGGUGGAGGAGCUGGACUUCAACAAAAUCAAGGGCCCUGUCACAGCCAAGGACCUGCUGGAGGGCAUGCGCCACAUGGGUUUUCAGGCCUCGUCCAUGUGCGAGGCCGUGAGGAUCAUCAAUGACAUGCGUGCCUGGAGAGACCCAGAGACGGGUGACAAGACAACCAUCUUCCUAGGAUACACAUCCAACCUCAUCUCAUCCGGCCUGCGCGGCGUCUUCCGCUGGCUCGUCGAGCACAACCACGUCUCGGCCAUCGUGACAACCGCCGGCGGCGUCGAGGAGGACUUCAUCAAGUGUCUCGGGGACACCUACAUCGGCGCGUUCAGCACGCCCGGUGCCGACCUCCGCCGCAAGGGCCUCAACCGCAUCGGCAACCUGGUCGUCCCCAACGCCAACUACUGCGCCUUUGAGGACUGGGUCGUUCCCAUCCUCGACAAAAUGCUCGAGGAGCAGGAGGCCAGCAAGGGUACCGAUGAGGAGAUCAACUGGACGCCCUCCAAGGUCAUCCAUCGCCUCGGCAAAGAGAUCAACGACGAGCGUUCUGUCUACUACUGGGCCUAUAAGAACAACAUCCCAGUUUUCUGCCCGGCCAUCACUGACGGCAGCCUGGGCGACAUGUUGUAUUUCCACACUUUCAAGUCGUCCCCCCUGCAACUCAAGAUCGACCUCGUCGAGGAUAUCCGCCGCAUCAACACCAUGUCCGUCCGGGCCAAGAGGGCUGGCAUGAUUAUCCUGGGUGGCGGGCUCGUCAAGCACCACAUUGCCAACGCAUGUCUGAUGCGCAAUGGUGCGGAGUCAGCCGUCUACAUCAACACCGCCCAAGAAUUCGAUGGCAGUGACGCCGGCGCAAGGCCAGACGAGGCCGUUUCCUGGGGAAAGAUCAAGAUUGGCGCUGACAGCGUUAAGGUUUACCUCGAGGCCACGGCCUGUUUCCCUUUCAUUGUGGCAAACACUUUCGCAAAGGAUAUCCCACAAUAAAAAUAAAUCAAACUAGACUUGCUAAAUGAAUAGACGUUAAGGAAAAAAGAAAUCCGCAAAGGGCGGACGGUGAAAAGUAGGAGUCGCCAACCGAUGAAAAGAAAUAAAAACGAUAAACAAGCCAACUCUACUACUUCUUAACCAGACGGCAGAGGCGAUGCUAACAAACAGUGGUGACGUCUUCCUCCCAAACCGGCAUGCCAAGGUGCGCAAGGUAACCCUCAUGCUACCUAGCCUAUGCUUCGCAUGGUUCGUCAACACAGUCCACUCGCUG